UUCCUCUCCUGUGCCCAUCUAGCUUACAAAAUGUCAACAAUGAGAAAGUUGUAUUUUCUCACAUUUUAUUAAUUUUCUUUCCAUACAAACACAUUUGGAAGCAAAAUAAUUAUAAAAACAAAAACAAAAACCUAGAAUAAACUAUUAAAUGACCUCUUGACCCUCCGCUGGGGUGAUUUGCAAGAGUACUGCGUUGGGGUUCCGGUUUUAGUUUUGGUUUUGGGGCUCCACUCUCACAGCAAAAAACCACAGCUCUGAAGAAACAGAGAAGAAGAGGAAGAAGAAGAUGAGGAACCAUCUCUUCAGGCGAUUCCUCCAGGCCCCUCUGUCGCAUUCUCGAUCCGCUCCUGCCUUCUCUCUCUCCUCUCGCCGCUAUGCAGUUUCAGCUCCAGUGGUUGAGGAAGAGGCUGAAACAGUUGUAUUUCCAAGGGAGGGCCCUGGGUUUUCAUACGGUCUUAACUGGGCUCUGGCUGGAAAGGGUGUAAUUGUGAAUGAUAAAGCUUUUCGAAAUUUGAAAUCCUCCGAGCUACAGCAGAAAGGCGCGACAAUUGCUGAGUCUUUGUCAGGACUUCCAAUUCACGUUAGGGGAGAUGUUCUUGGAGGAGCUUCAGAAAUUCCCAAAGCACAAUUUAGCAAACUUUUGAAACAGGUCACCGCUCACUUAUCGUCCAUCUCAGAUAUUUAUGUUCAUGAUGGAGCUAUUGGUUCAUCAUCAAAAUGUGAUGCUAAAGUUCGUGUAAUAAGUGAUAGUCCAUCUGCUGUAUUAUCACUUUCCAAUGUUCUGUGGAAAACCCCUACCCGUGCUGUUUCCCAUGACUCUUGUCCUCUGACGGUUUAUAUUGCUUCAUCUUUGAGUCCUGGUGCUGUGGAAGCUGCUGGUAUUGGAUCUCAAGGAAAGAACGGAUUAAUUGCUGCUGACAUCGAGCGUUCUUCUCUCAUUCUAUCUGGUAAGGCUUUCUCUGAUACAAAUGGAAUCAAAACAGCGUUAGCUGCCUUGUGUGGACCGAUUAUAUCUGCUCGGGGAGGUCUUCCUCUUUCUGCCAGGCUCUUGGUGUCUGGGGAUUCUGUGAUUCUUUUGUUCGCACCAGAAGAUAUCGUGCAGAGCUGCUCAGACCUGUUGGUGUCUUUGGAUGCUGGUGUAAUUUUGUCCUCUCAAGGUGUUGCACCAUUUUUUCAAACUGGGAAUUCUAGCGGGCCAAAUCUAUACAAAUUGCCAGCUGCUGUCAUCCUUGCAUCUUCUGAUAGCUCUGGAGUAAUCCCUUCUAUCUCGAAGCUCUCUCCUGGGCAAGCAGCAUAUCACUUCCUGGCCGGCUAUCACAAUGGCAAGUUUGUUCCUGCAUAUAGUAAGAGUCCAUCAUCUGCCAAUCCACUGGAGCUUGCAAAGGCUGUUCUAUCCAAGUUGAAAGAUGACCAGAUUCCAUCAUUCCUAAUCAAUGUAAAUGAAAGAGAAAAGCUCACAACUGGCAAGGACUUUGUUAAGCUGGUGCAAUCAACUCUAACAAAGAACGUACCCCCUUUUGAACCCAAAGGUAGCUUCAUUAUCCCAUUUCUUCCCCUGCUCUUUCUAGUUGUUGGAGAUAAACAUUACUUACUAAAUCUACCAAAUCACCAUCCUUGCAGGUGGAGACCUCGAAGGCAAGUACAAGAGCUUCUUAUCGGGCAAGUUUAAAGAAUUACCAGAGGAAUUCUUGUUCUGAGAUUGUGAGAUAGGUAUGCCAUUGUGACUCCUGUUUUUCUUCCAGAGGGUAAAUUAGAGCCUACCUCAUGAAAUUAUAGUUGGAAGACAUUUGUAUGAUUUUUGCUUCUGCUCUCAUAAUGUCUGGAGGGAAGUACCAGAGACUGAAAUAAGUUAAUAACCCAUGUAUUUUUUCUUCA